AUGGUCCAGAAUAAUCCUUUGGACUGUGGUCUUUUUGCAUUGGAUCACGUGCAGUGCUAUGUUAGCAGAUUUUACCAGCAUGCAUGCCCUAUCUUUGCUGUUGAUUCUGAUUUGAGGGGUGAUAAAGAAGCGGAUCAAAACAGUGCAGGGGUCGCUGAUGAAGAGGAUGAGCAAAGUAAGCAUUUCGAUGAGGAGGCUGGUCUGGGUAAUCCUGAUCAAAAAAAGGCAGCUGGAAGCCAUAAAACUGGAGAUAUUAGUAAGUAUGAUUUGGCUUCGACUAGUGCCACGGAGAAGGUUGGUGGUGAACCUAAGAACAGGGGAAAAGAUACACUAGGGAAGAAAUUUUGA